AUGACCCUUACGAAGCCUAGGGUUUUGAAGCGAUAUUUCCAUGCGCCGCCGCUGCCUGGUGACGACGAGAGAUGGGAUGGUGAAUGGGAGCCGGAGAUCAUCCACGACUGUUUCGCUUGUGAUGAGGCCAAGUAUGAGGUGACCUUCGAGGGUCUGUGGUCGCGACACACGCACCCGAAGGACUUCCCGGACAACGAGUGGCUGACGCACUUCUCCGACAUCAUCGGCGCCUCGCACUCGUCCAACUACCGCGUCUGGGAGUAUGGAGGAUACGCCUCCGAUGGCCUCAGGCAGGUGGCCGAGUGGGGCUCUACUCGCACUCUCGAGAGCGAACUCAAGACGAAGAGCGACCACAUCCGGACCAUCAUCAAGGCCCGCGGUCUCUGGUACCCAAACGUCAACGGCAAAACCUUCGCCGUUUUUCGCGUUGACAACCGGCACCAUCUCAUGUCCUUGGUGUCCAUGCUGGGACCUUCUCCUGACUGGAUUGUAGGAGUGUCUGCCCUGGAGCUUUGCCUGAGGAACGGGUCUUGGCUGAACGAGAAGACGCUUAACCUGUAUCCUUGGGACGCGGGCACGGAUUCAGGAGUGUCGUAUGAGGCUGCCAACACGCCAACCAUCCCGAGGGAGAAGAUUCGUCGGAUUACCACCAGUUACCCGAACGACCCGAAUUCUCCCUUCUACGACCCCAGCGGAAAGGAUAUGAAGCCCUUGGCACGGAUCACCAUCACCCGUCAGCGUGUCUACGAGAAAUCUUGCACCGAAACCCACGGGACUUAUGAUGAUUACGACCUCAAUGACUUCGAGGAGAGCGACGAAGAUGCUAACAGACCCGAGUGCCAGGUAACCGACUGGUCGCCCUUCUCCGAGUGCUCCGCCUCCUGUGGCAAGGGACUGAGGAUGAGGACGAGGUCGUACUUGAUGCCCAUGAAAGCAGAUAUGAUGGGAUGCAGGAGGCAGCUCGAGGAGAAGGAGAUGUGCCUGGCCAAGCAGCCCACGUGUCCUCAUGGCGGGUUCAUGCAGUAUUUUGAUGAGUUUUCUCCCCGGAUGUGCGCUACUUCUGAAUGGUCGCCGUGGACUUCCUGCCCAGUCACCUGCGGGAAGUCACAACGCAUGCGCAGUCGACGCUACGAAAAACACAUGGACAGGAAGAAGUGUAACAAGGAGCUGGUGGAGAAGGAACAAUGCAUGGCUGAUAUCCUGGAAUGCGUGGAGCCAGAGGAGGAGAUCAGCCCCGAGUGCGCUGUGACGCAAUGGACCGACUGGUCUCCGUGCACAAGGACCUGCGGCGAAGGAACGAUGUCUCGCCACCGCAUUCCUUUCACCCAGAGCUUCGAGCAUUGCAACGUCCGCACCAAUGACGUCAAGAAGUGCAGCGAGCGUAUCAAUUGCACGAUUCACCCGUCGGAGAGAGAAGAGGUGUGCCUGCAGGAGAGAGAGGAAGGACCCUGUCGCGCCGUCCUGAAGCGGUUCUAUUACGACGUGGACCACCAGCAGUGUCGUCAGUUCACGUACGGAGGCUGCAAGGGAAACAGGAAUAACUUCGAGACCUAUGACGAGUGUGCGCAGGCGUGCGAGUUCAAGCCUCGCCCAUCUCCCUUGCCUACCCAUCGCCCCACAAUCCCCACUCGGAACCGCGUGGCCGACGUCGACUGCCAGGUCAGUCCGUGGAGCGAGUGGAGCAGCUGCUCCAAAACCUGCGGCAAGGGAUGGGUUAGCAAGACUAGGGAGAUUCUGGUCUUCCCUCAGCACGGCGGCCGCCCGUGCCCCAAGAAACUCAUAAGAAGACGCAAGUGCAUCAACCCCAAGUGCAACGACGGCUACAACGGCCUCCAGAGCAUGAGUCUCCACCGCGAGGUCCCGCACGAGGCCGCCCCCCGCCAGCCGACCGAGGACAACCACAGCUACAAGGAGUCCUACCUGCCCUACCCCGAGACCAGUCACCACCGCCUGUACCCCGAGACCAACCCCGCCUACGCCGAGACCAGCCACCACCUCUACCCGGAGACCAACCAGGCCUACCACGAGACGGAGCGGCCCUACCACGAGAACUACCACACCUACAGGGAGGGCUACCGACCCCCCGUCCAAGAGCAAGGGCCAGACCACCCCUUCCCGACGACCUCCUCCUACUACCCCUACGAGUACCUGGCGCCCUCGCUCUUCAACCCGCCCCCCCUCAACGCCGGCGUCGAGGACACCCGCGAGGCGGUGGAUGACGGCGAAAAGGUCGACUGCGUGAUGGGCGAAUGGGGCCCGUGGUCGCCCUGCACCCACUCCUGCGGAUCCGACGCGUUGCAGCAGCGUUCGCGCACCGUGAUCGCCGAGCCAAGGAACGGAGGGAAGGGGUGUGACGAUCGCUUGCAACGCCGGUAUUGCACGCUGCCCCCCUGCCCUCAUCCUAGGUAUGUAGAUUUCAGGUCCAUACCAUGGAGUAUAAAGUAUUAAAUAAAAAGGAAAAUUAAGGUGUCAUACAGGAGGAAACAGCAAAAGGCUGAGGGUGGAUCGGCAACUUGCAAGAGGGGAUUCAUCCACAUACUCAUCUGCAACUCUGAAGAAGAAAAGACUCACACACAAACUAAAAUACUCAUCAUGAGUGAACUUGGAUGACCUAUGAUGGCUGUAGUUAAUGAGCUCGUUUUGUGGUUGAGAUUAGGAAGAGAAAUGAAAGAGAGAGAGAUAUAAUAAAAGAGAAAGAAGGAAAGUGAGUGGGGAAGAGAACGAGAGAAAACAAAGGAAUCCAAGAUCUGGGUUUUUCGUUCUUCGGAAAUGGAGAUUUAAUUUAAAAUCAUUAAGUGUUACAUUGGCCAUGUUUAGGACCUUCUAAACCUGAUGUAUUAUGAAAAGGGAUAGUUUUAAUUUCUAUCAAUUUGCUGUUUUAUUUUGUUUACGAGAAAUUUGUUUACAAAAAAAUAUAAUAGCCUUUUAAUACAUAUUACACUAGCAUCAACAAAAAUUACAUUUCCAAGGAACCAACAAAAAAUCGUAAAUUGUGUCCUACAACAAUGACAUUCGACAGGCACAACAAAGGACAUAAUCCUAAAUCAUGAACAACCUGACAUUCAUUAAAAGAAUAAAUGACAAAUCGUACAACAAAAACAAAAAAACGCACUUUGAAUCCCAAAAUAAUAGAGUCACAUGAACUGUACGCCGAAAAACACAUUCUUAAAACAACAAAAACACAUCUUAAAUUCUACAACAAAGAAAUUGAAUCGUACAUUAUUCCGGGGAUGGAUUCUCUUUGACGAAUGGAUCGCGUCUGUCUCGCCCAGAGUGUCAUCAUGCAGAGGAGAGGGACGGCGUGAAACAUGCUUCCAGAAUAUAUAAGAAGAGAGAGAGAGGAUAGAUAGUCAAGGAGAUAAGAAGAAAGUAACGAUAGUGAACAGGUGCACAUUGCGAGAAACAGAAGGAAAGGGGAAAGGGUAUGACGUAGGAGGAAAAGUCGAGAAUAUGGAUAAGGAUACACGUUAUGUGAAGGAACAGGAAGGUUGUACAUUGACUCGCCACUCCAAGUCUCGCCAGCGAACCAUUCUGCAUUUACCCAUUUUUAAAAGAUGUCCCUUUUGUUUUUGUUCUUUCUUUUUCUUUUUUGAGUUGCGCCUCAGAUAAGGGCAUAUCCCACCGCAAGGACAGUGUUGUCACUCCUUUAAUGUACAUAGACAUUUCGGCUUCCCCCCCCCCCCCCCCCUCAGUAGAGUGCAAGAUUGACGAGGCUCAUAAGAAGGACCAUUUGAGUCUCCUUUUCCAUUAUUGUGUAUACGUCAGCUGCUGCUUGCACGACGCCCCCAAGAGUUUGUAUCAUAGUGAAUUUUAGACUUAGAGAUCGAACGGCGGUGAAUAAUCGUUCGUAUUUUUGGGUUUCUUUUCUUUCCAUUUCCGAUUCUAGAACGAAGCGAAGCAUAAUUCGUGGUUUCCCCUCGAGAUGCACCUUUCCCCUCGUCCCUGGCGGUGAAGGGAGGUCUCGUUGGGGCCAAAGUCUGGGUCAAGAGGUUUUUUAACACACAUCCUAGAGGACGCUAGAGUGUCCUGUGCAACUAACACAGAGAGGGAAAGCUCGGCUACAGGUCCUCCUCGGUCAGGUCAGGUUUCGCCAGGUCAGGACCGAGAGACUAUCUACUCACAUACAAGUACUACCUGUGCUCGUGGGAUAUCACUUGUCAACAGAGGUGGAUUGAGGUUUUACAAACCUGUCUUUUUCCUUGCAUUUCGGAUAUAUACACCUAGAGACACAUAUCCAUAUUGAAGCGGUAUAUAUUCGCUUAUAUUUACCCACUAUGUUUAUUUUUACUUACCCCUAGACACUCAAUCACCCGGAGACAGUUUACACUCGGCCACUCUUCUCAAAAAGAACAGUUCACUCUAACUGCCUUCCUUAACAAAGCAGUUCAAACUCAACCUCCUCCGCUACAGUAACAGCUGGAGCUCAGCCUCUCCCCCACAACAACAGUUCCUUGCAAAAGAGAACGACAUCCCGCCGUGUUAGCUCUAGUAACGCGUGUGUUUGAGCAUAGAAAAGAAGUGCCAUAAUUAUAUCGUCUCCUUAUAGAGGCGCUGGAAUGUUUUAUAGAGACUGUUUUUCUCUUGAUAUUUUUUUUCUGUUUGUCUCUUUCACAAACGUAAAUAGACUUUUAAGAUAUUUUAGCAUCGGUUUAAGUUGAAUUAGUAAGACUAACGCCAGUGAUGUAAAAUUGCUCCGAAUUGGCCUUCCUCAAGGACAGCUUUGGAAUCUAUUUCAUGGCAAUAUAUAGUUAUUCUUGUAUUCUCCGGUCUGUACUAAUACACAUAUGAGUGAUAUAUUUAGGGGUUUAUCAGUGAUAUCAAUGUCAUAUUUUAUAAUACAUACUAAUCUCAGCACUGCCUAAAGGUUACUUCAGUGACACAUGAUAGAUAUAUGCAACACCCUGAGUUCACUUCCAGAGCUAUAAAGUCGAAAAUUCCUGGGUGUGUUUUUUAGUUGAGAUCUGCGAAUGGCCCAAACUACAUCGAUGUUGAUUUUUUUCGAUUUCGUUUUCUAAAUUGGCAAACUGAUACCUUUGGAAUAUAGAAAUGGAUGUUGUGUAUGGAUAGUGUUAAUAUUAAUAGCAUGCGUGCAUGACACUGUAUUAAAUACAUAAGUAUAGCUUCUUGUAAUAUUACGUAAUUCUAUGAUUUUCGUUCCUCAGUUUCGUUAACAUGAAAUGAGGGACGUUUGUAAUCUAAUUUACAAGAGAGCAUUGAUAUGACUUUUUGUUGUUUUUUUCUUUUUGCAAUUAUAAUUUUCUCUUUUACUUUUUAUGAAACCAAAUACGCAAGCAGUCACUCAAAACGCUAGAUAUGUUUUUGAAAAUAUUUAAGUACAGUUUCCUUUUGGUUAAUCAGGCUCUUUGAGGCAAUAUCAAAAGAUAAACAUUUGCAUAUUUUCAGACAUUUGCAAGCCGUUAGAAAUACAUAGCUGAGAAAAGAAAAAAAAACAUUGGAACAUAAAUAAAACCGAGAGGGGAAAGGGAGUUUAAAAUUACCCGAAACAAAACAAAAACAAAAAAUAACAACAAUAACUGAAAAAAUAAAGAAGACAGAAUAGUAUAUUUAUAAAAAAGUGAAUAAUGACUUUAGGAUUCAUCAGGUUUGUAGUUCAGGAGUAAAGCUAUUGUAGUAGACUGUCAACAUUUCGACGUAAAAAAAAAGUAAUAAUUACUAACGUCGCCUUUCUUGUAAAGUACAUAUCUUGCCAUAUCAAAAUAAAGAAUUGUAUCUUUA